UGAUGGCGGCGGGUUCCGAUCUGCUGGACGAGGUUUUCUUUAACACAGAGGUGGACGAGAAAGUAGUUAGCGAUCUUGUGGGGUCCCUGGAGUCUGAGCUUGCGGGCUCAGGUCACGGGAACUCCGAGGUAAGGGGACAGGCAGUGGGGAACCACGUUGCCAGCCCUGGGGUAGGAGGUAAUACUAAUGUCCAGGAGAGCAAAAUGGGACUUGCACAAGAGGUGGCAAAAGCAGGGACUGGAGUGCAAGGGGGUGUUAUUAAUAAUACGAGGUCCCAGAGUUCAGCUAUGGAUGCAACAACAACAGGGAUCACACCAGCGGCUGGGUCGGAGGCAUCAGCAGGGCUUAGCCAGGGCAAGACCGUGGCUGUCAGUGCCAUGGUCACUGCUGUGUCCAACCACGGAGCGGGCAAAGGAAAAAUAGGGACGUCUGCCGUGCAAACUUUGAAUGGGAGCAAUGUAAUGAACUCUCACACUUCAGGAAGUGUUCCGGCUUUCACCGCGACGCCAGUAUCAAGUAGUAGUAGCGUUAGUGGCAGCAGCAAUACUGCACCUGCUGUCACGGUUGUCAACAACGGACCUGGUUCGGUCGUAAAAGGAACCGUGAACGCGGGUUUGCCGCCGACCUCCAGCACUGUCAUCCAGGCGUCUUUCGUCAAUGCACAGAAUGUUGUUACUUCGACAGUGAUCUCGUCUCAGCCGUCCAGUCUGGGCAGUGGACCUACCGUUACGCUUGUGAGGCCACCUAUGCAAACAACCGGGUCGGGUGCUGCGCAAAAUGGGAGUACUACAGUUUUGACAUCGGCCGUCAAUGUAGCGAAUCUGCCUGCCCCUGGCGUGUCGGGCAUACCUUUACAGACUCAAGUUUUGAACAGCAGCCAGUCGCCCGCCUCUGUGCCUGUGACAAGUAAGGCAGAGUCGCCCAAAACAAUCAUACAAACGACACCUCAGACUGUGGCACCCGGUGUUGCUGCAAGCGCAGGCAGCUUGACUCUCGGCCAGCCCAUGCAAAGCGCUCUGCAGCCUCUGACUCCCGGUUCGACAGCAAUCGGAAAGAGCCCGGUUUUGCAGAACGUAACGAGGACUUCCACUCCAGCGACAGUGGCGGCCAGCCCAGGCGCGAUACGAACCAUCGCUCCGCAAGUGUUGGCACCGCGGCUGCCCCAGAAUCAGACAAACAUUCAAAACAUUCAGCUUCCCCCAGGUAUGGUUCUUGUGCGCAGCGACAGUGGCCAGCUGCUGAUGAUCCACCAGCAGACCCUGGCCCAGAUGCAGGCGCAGUCCCAGUCUCAGAGUGCCAUGGCCCCCCGCCCCGCCACACCUACCAGCACCCCCCCUGUCCAGAUCACCUCGGUCCAGGCUCCUGGGACCCCCAUCAUGGCCAGGCAGGUGACACCCACCACCAUCAUUAAGCAGGCCACGCCCACCCAGACCUCAGUGCAAGCCACCACCACGCUCCAGCGGCCCCCAGUCCUACAGAAUCCUAUCGUGCUCAGCGGGGCAGCCACGCCCGCCUCCAUCGGAACCCCAGUGCCCGUGCAGCCGGGAGCUGCCCAGAGGACAGUGACAGCAAGUCCCGGAACCACUGCUGCCACGACAACGGAAACCUUGGAGAACGUGAAGAAGUGCAAGAACUUCCUGUCCACAUUGAUCAAACUGGCCUCCAGUGGCAAGCAGUCCUCAGAGACAACAGCCAAUGUGAAAGAGCUGGUGAAAAACCUAUUGGAAGGAAAGAUUGAAGCGGAAGAUUUUACCAGCAGGUUAUAUCGGGAGCUCAACUCCUCACCUCAGCCAUAUCUCGUGCCUUUCCUCAAGAGGAGUCUCCCAGCGCUUCGGCAGCUGACCCCAGACUCCGCAGCCUUCAUUCAGCAGAGCCAACUCCAGCAGCCCAGCACCCAGGCCUCCACCACCACCCUGACCACUGUGGUGCUGGGCAGCACCACACAGCGGCCCGCCGGCAAAGCCGCUGCCACUGUCACCAGCACCCUCCACCAGCCCGUCAUCAGCCUGGCUCAGCCUGGCCAGGCCAAAUCUGGCCAGCCCGCCCCGCUGAUGCUGCAGCAGUCCCAGGUGCGGCCCCCCCAGGUGACUCUGGCACAGACGCCCAUGGUGACCCUGCGACAGCCCCACGGUCGGAUCGUGCUGGGCCAGUCACAGAUGCAAGUGAAGCAGCUUCAGACAGUGCCGCCGGUGAAGCAGGGGGUCUUACCUGGAGCCAAGGUGUCGCCAGCUGGUGCGUCUCUUGUCACUGCUGCGCAGAAGAACAAACUGAAAGAAGCUGGGGGCGGAUCUUUCAGGGACGAUGAUGACAUUAAUGACGUGGCCUCCAUGGCGGGAGUCAACCUGUCUGAAGAGAGCGCUCGUAUCCUGGCGACCAAUUCGGAGCUGGUUGGCACAGUGACCAGGUCCUGUAAGGACGAGGCUUUCUUGUACACGUCCACGCUGCACAGGAGGGUGCUGGACAUAGGUAAAAAGUACGGGAUCACAGAGCUGGGCCCAGAGGUGGUGAACCUGGUGUCCCACGCAGCCCAACACAGGCUGCAGAACCUGCUGGAGAAGGUGUCCGAGAUCGCCCAGCAGAAAAACGUCUCCUUCAAGGAGGACAGCCGGUACGAGCAAGUCAGUGACGUGCGCUCUCAGCUAAAGUUCUUUGAGCAGCUGGACCAGAUGGAGAAGCAGAGGAAGGAGGAGCAAGAGAGGGAGAUUUUAAUGAAGGCAGCCAAGUCUCGAUCACGACAAGAGGACCCAGAGCAACUACGGCUGAAACAGAAGGCCAAAGAGAUGCAGCAACAGGAGCUAGCUCAGAUGAGGCAGCGUGAUGCUAACCUGACGGCAUUAGCGGCCAUUGGACCCAGGAAGAAGCGGAAAGUGGAUUCUCCGGGCAGCGGAGCCGGGACGGAGGUCUCAGGGUCCAGUCCCUCACUGGCAGGAAGUUCCAGCACCGGGGCGUCCAGGCAAUUUGCCCGUCAGCGCAUCACUCGCGUCAACCUCAGGGACCUGCUUUUCUGCAUGGAGAAUGAGCGGGAGACCAGCCGCUCACACCUGCUGUACCGCGCCUUCCUCAAAUAGCGCCCCUGGAGGCUGGCUCUCAGCAGGACAACCGUCGUUCGG